CUUGGUUGCUGAUCAUAGACGUUCUUUAAAAGGUCUCGUAUAGUAAGUAUUUUUUGCACGUAAGAGUUGACGACGUCAGAUCAUUCUUACCUUCUUACGCGAACACGGACAAUACACGCCCCGAAUUCUCUUUGGAGGUUCAUGGCUCCUAAAAAAAGGGUGUUGCCGAAACCGCUCCCAGACGGCUUCAUACUGGUUGACCUGGAAAAGAAGAAAUGGAGGCUGGGAAAAAUAAUUGGUCAAGGUGGCUUUGGACUGAUCUACCUGGCAUCCAAAGUCAUAGGAUGCCCCGUUUCAGCGAACACUGAUUUUGUGAUUAAGUUGGAGUAUGAAGAAAAUGGGCCCCUUUUCUCUGAGCUCAAGUUCUACCAGAGGGCAGCUAAACCAGAGUGCAUGCAAAAAUGGAUGGAAAGUAGAAGACUUGACCACCUUGGCGUCCCAACAUAUUGGGGAGCAGGACAGGCUGAGCAUAAUGACCUCAGGUAUCGUUUUAUGGUUAUGGAGCGACUCGGCAUUGACCUACAGAAAAUCUGUGAGCGCAAUGGAGGUCGUGUUAAGAAGGCCAGUGUGCUCCGACUUGGUCAAGUAGUGGUGGAUGUGCUGGAGUAUAUGCAUGAGAAUGAGUAUGUCCAUGCAGACAUCAAAGCUUCCAACCUCAUGCUGGGUUACAAAGACUCUCAAAAGGUCUACUUAGUCGACUAUGGGCUGUCCUACAGGUACUGCCCUGAUGGAGCACACAAAGAGUAUAAGGAAAACCCAAAGAAAGGCCACAAUGGAACUAUUGAGUACACAAGUCUUGAUGCCCACAGAGGUGUUGUUCCAUCAAGACGAGGAGACCUACAGAUUCUGGGUUUUUGUCUACUUCACUGGUUGUCUGGGUCACUCCCGUGGGACAAUGUUCUCCAUGACCCAACUGCGGUUAUGGAGGCCAAGAUCAGACUGAUGGAUAACCUGCCGCAGUCCGUUCAGAAGCUGUCAGUGAGUGGAGCCAGCACAACUGAGGUGGCCGCCUUUCUCCAAUAUGUUAAAUCUCUGCGUUACCAAGACCGACCUGACUAUCAACGUCUGAGGAAAAUGUUGUCUACUGAAUCCAAGGAAAAACUGGAUUUUUCUAUACCUCAAGGACCUGGAGGGUCCAAGGUUCCUGAUCAUCCCAUCAGGGGCAAGAGAACGUCAAAAAGGAGAGGCUUCCCCGAAGUUCAGUCUCAAGCCAAAGAGCUGGAGGAUGAGGAUGAUGCCAUUGACGAGGAGAUGAAGCUUAAGCAACUUCCAGCUUGCUACAGACAAACACCCCUUCCGCAGAAGACAGAGGGAGUCCAUGGAUCAUUAAGGCUCAGGCAUGCAGCUGUGAAUUCUUAUAAAGAAGAUGAGAUUUGGGAUGAAGAUGAUGAAGAGAAGGAGAAGGCGAGAAGCAAACCUAUAGACGCUCGCUACUUGAGAGGCCCUCCAAUAGGACGUCCUAGAGAGAAAACACAAUCCAGGAGCACAGAUGAGCUCCGCAUUACGGGCAUGAAACGGGAAGUAGACGAGUACGGAAGUGCAACACGUGAGCAUGACAAUUUCUCCCGCACAACUGAAGGUGAAGACUGGGAUGACCUGGAUGAAGAAGUUCAGCAGCAGGAUGGUGAAGUCUGGAUGGACAACAUAGACGAUGAGGAGUCUCAGCAGCUAGAAGAAGACCAAAAUCCUUCCUCUAACGUGAUGUACUGCUCUGUGGUUGUGGCUGCUACUCUUCUCCUGGCUGCUGGAGCUUCUUUGAUGUAACAUCAGAAUCAGUCAGUAUCCCAGCCCUCACUUCCAAUCCCCUUUUCAAUAGGGAUUUUUCUUUGUUCUUGUUUAUUUCUGCAUCUUCUUGUGAGUGUAAUUGUUUUGAAGAAGUUCAUUGGUCCUCAAAGGCAACUUGUCAGGAUUUCUUAGCUGCCAUUUUCACUGUAAUGGGCUGGAAUAGAAGUAAAGUUAUACUUAUUAAAUAGUUAAAUGCUUUUUGAAGGAUACGUUGCUACAAUGUAUUGAAGUGCACUCAUUCAUGACUACCAGAGCUAUCAGAUGGACUGGAAGGCAUUCGCACAAAUAAACCAUUUCUGACUUCGA